CCUUUGCCUACCUGUGGCAUUUGUUUUUGUUGACAUGGUCAAAAGAAAGUUGUUGGGCAAAGGGCCAAUGGCCUGAAAACAUGGUCAAAGUCCAAUUGGCUUGACCAGUGCAAUGAAUAUUCGAGCUUGUUUGGCCACGGCCAAUGUCUUUGUUGGAUGUUGCUGUGCUGUUGUAUUUCUGGAAUUGAUCGUCAAAUUGGACCCGGGUGCAGGUAAUUUGAUUACCGCUGGUCAGUUUGCAUUUAUUGCCUUGGAGGGAUUCGUCUUCACCUCCAAAUUCGGCACAGUGAAACGUGUGAUAAGUCUGCGGGAUUAUGGUCUGCUUGUUGUUAUGUUCUUUAUGACAAGUGUGUGCAAUAACUAUGUGUUCCAUCUGAAUGUGCCCAUGACGCUGCACAUGAUCAUACGUGGAGGCAGUCUCAUAUCGAACAUGUGCCUUGGCACUGUAAUCCUCAAACGUCAGUAUCGGCUUGAACAGUAUAUAGCAGUCAUCAUGAUUACCGUGGGCAUUUUCAUCUGCACGUAUUUCUCUAGCCAGGAUGUGGGAGUGAAUAAACGGCAUGGCGAUGGUAACGCUGAAGCAAACAUAUUUUGGUGGCUCGUUGGUGUCCUGCUCCUGGUGCUGGCGCUAUUCAUCUCCUCGUACAUGGGUAUCACACAGGAGCUGCUGUAUCGCAAACAUGGCAAGUGCGCUCGCGAGGCACUCUUCUACACACACCUGUUGCCUCUGCCCGCGUUCUUCUUCAUGCAUGACAACAUCAAAGCGCAUUGGACUGUGGCGAUGGAAAGUGAAACCUAUCGAUUCGAAUGGCUGGGUGGUGUAGUUGUGCCUCUUUUGCUCCUCUAUUUGAUUGGGAAUAUUCUGAUGCAGCAUCUGUGCAUUAGCUCUGUGUAUUUCCUGACCACUGAGUGCAGCUCCCUGACCGUCACCUUGAUUCUGACAUUGCGCAAAUUCAUAUCGCUAGUCUUCUCGAUUAUCUACUUUCGUAAUCCGUUUACAAUCUAUCACUGGCUGGGCACCGUGCUCGUCUUUGUGGGCACUCUGAUAUUUGCUAAUGUCCUAAGUCUUCCAGUUGGUCGUUGGAGAAGAAAUGCUGUGAAAAAUGAUUAAGCAUUCCAACACAUUCUCGAACUGUUUACGAGUUUAAACAUUUAAUGAUUAUUUCAUUUACAUUUAAGUACAAUAUAAGAAUAUUCGCAAUAAAAGUACCAGAUUCUCCUAGCUCUUAG